AUGGUAAAAUGCUAAUUUAAGGAUAUUACAAUCAACAAACCCAAAGAUUGCAAUAUACAGAAUUUAAAAAUUUUAUAGACAAUAAAACAGAUGGAAUAAAUGAUGCAUAAAUAUAAGCAUAAUUUAAAAUAUUUGACAAAAAUAGAAGUGGAACUAUUUCUUAUGAAGAGUUCAUUGCCAUAUUUGCUUAAAUUAGGCACAUUAAAUCUGAUUAAAUCAGCAAACUCUUAUAGUAGAAGAGUGUUAAUUCAUAAGGAAGCAAUUAAAGCAAACAGUAGUAAUUGUUCUGACUUUCAACGUAAGAUAAGAAAUGAAUCCAAUUGCAAAUCAACUAAAUAUUAAUAUAGACUUAUAUGUGAAAGAUACUAAAAAAGUUUAAGAUUUAAAUUUUGA